GACGGAAUCCAGUUAUCAGCAUCAUGUCGCGGCGAAUAGAGAUGCUGCUUCUACUUCUCAUCGUGGCCCUCUGGCUGGGUCGCAGUGGGGCGUACAGUGUGCCCAAGGCCACCGUCAAGGUCAACUCGCCAAAGGGCUUCGAGGUCUCCAUUCCGGACGAGCCUGGAAUCACCCUCUUCGCCUUCCACGGAAAGCUCAACGAGGAGAUGGACGAUCUCUCGGAUCAGACCUGGGCCACCGACAUCGUCACAGCACGCAACGGACGCUGGACGUACCGCAACCGCAGCCACAAACUGCAGCAAGGAGAUGUGCUCUACUACUGGACGACGGCGCGGUACCAUGGCGUGGACUACCACAACUACAACCAACGGUAUGUGGUCGGAGGAGGUCAAGGAGCGAACACGCAGCGCAUCGAUGCGCGAGGUUCAGGCGGUGGCCAUCAGCCGAUUGUAGUCAAUGGCCAGCCGACUAUCAAUAUAUAUGUGGCAUAAAUUAAAUAAAAAAAAGCGAAUAUAGUGUUUUGUUAUUCAAAGAA